AUGAUCAAGAAACUCCACCACUUCAACAUCUUCCCAUUUCUCAUCCACUGGGUACACUGCUUUCUCAGAGACAGACCACAAACAGUCAGAGUGGGCACUGUGACAUCCUCAUCCACCAUCACCAACACCGGAUCCCCACAAGGUUGUGUCCUGAGCCCCUUCCUGUUUAUCCCCUACACCAAUGACUGUGUCAGCCCCUCAUCCAUCACCACAUACUUCAAAUACUCUGAUGACACUGCCAUACUUGCUCUCCUUAGGCCAAAACAGAGUUUUUGUCAUUAUCAAGACUCCAUCUCCCACACUAUGGUGCACGAACAAUCACCUGCAGGGUUUCAUGUGGCGGGCCCUCCAGGACCUCUGGUUGCGCCACUGGGUGGUACAUUAUUGCUACCCUGUUUUGUGGAAACUCCCUUGGACGUACAAGGGUUAGAAGUAGAGUGGAAGAGAACAAACCCAGAUGCGCUGGUGCACUUGUUUCAAGGCGGAGAAAGCAGACCAGAGUCCCAGUACCCAGCUUACAAGAACAGAGCUGAUUUCUUUACACCUGAAAUACCGCGAGGAAAUUUCUCCAUAUUACUAAACAAUGUGACAAAUGAAGAUGCGGGAAUUUACAGAUGCAAAGUUUACACAGAUCAAGGGACUAAUGAAACCGCUGUUGAUAUUAAUGUUGAGUAUCUAGUGGUGAUGACUAGAGGAGGCAAUGUCUUAUCUGCAUCUGUGGGAGGAGAAGUGAUACUGAACUGCAGUGUGGAUUCCCAUGUACCACCUGAGGAAUUUGAAGAGGUCACUUGGAAGAAAACUGACAAAGAUCUGCUAGUUUUGCUAUUCCAAGAUGGUCAGGUCAUUCAAGAUGCAACUCAUGAGAUGUACAAAGACAGAGUCGAGCUCUUCAGUGCAGAAAUCCCUAAAGGCAACUUCUCAUUUAAACUGAAGGACGUUAGGACUGAGGAUAAAGGAGAGUAUAUGUGUGAAGUCCACACUAAAUAUCUGUCUGCAAACUCCACUGUGGUGCUCCAGCAACUUGUCCAGCCUCUGCACCGUGUGCCCCUAGCUCUGUGGGAUGGCAUUACAGAUGAGCCCCAGCACCUCUCGGCCGACGGCAUCAUAGAACCCAUCGAUGCCUCUCCAUAG